GGAAACGAUCACCCUUCGGUGUUGUAGUGGAAGCUCCGCCACUGGGCGGGGCUUCGCUGAGCUGCGACGCCGCCGCCGCUUAAAGAAGCGCUUAAUCCUUUCACAGCCAUACGCGCGAACUAAUGUGUGUUUUUAACUAGUGCGCGCCAAUUUGAAUUGUUCGCGUCCUUAUUUCUUUGGGAGGUUUUCUGGUUAAGUGCAUCAUGUCCUGGACAUAGCCCGGGAACAUGACUGUCCUCAAAGCCGUGCUGAUGUGUUUAGUGUGGCCUGUCCUGGGAGCCAUCGACUACGACCGAGUGGAGCGUGGAGUGGAACAGCAAUGCAUCCAACACUGUCCUCUUCAGAAUCACACUGAUCUCGGGCGCAUCGACUAUGCCUGCGACGCCGCAUGCAACAUCGAUCAAUGUUCCAAGGGCUGUUCCUUGUGGAAGGAGGCGCUGUCAACGUCCUGUCAAAAGGCCUGUAAUAGAACCUCAGACCGGCUGAGCCAUCGGGAGCUGCACUGUGUGAUUGGCUGCAAUGACGGCACCGGACGCUACCUGAGCCAAAUUCGGGCUCUUUUGGGCGUUCUAGCUGCCCCCGCCCUUCUGGACAAUUCAUUGGGUGCCACGUCGCUGCGUCUGGAGUGGAGGUUGAGCGAGGCGAGCAGGACCGGACUGAGCUGCCACGUCCAGUGGCGCUACGAGGAAUCAGCAGCCGCGUGGCAAUACGCGGGCAAUGUCACCUGGAACCCCGAAACGAAUCACUUCCUAGUGGAGGGGCUGCAGCCCUACACCAAGUACCGAUUUCGCGUGGCUUUGAACCUGGGCCACGGCCAUGGGGAGCCGAUCUUCUCCGAGCAGAGCCUUGUGAUUGCCACGUUGGCCGAGGGCGUGCCAGCGUCGCCGCCCCGCCAUCUGCAGGCGGCCGCCGUCGACGCCCACUCGGUCAGCGUCACUUGGGAACCCGGUCCCUUUCCGCACGGCCCUCUCCUCUCCUAUGUGCUCCAGAUCAUCGAAAGCCGCUCGUCCACUAGUGGGCGCGAGGCCCGCUCCGAAGUCAAGGACGUGGACUCGACGCACAAUUUCUACCUCUACAGCAAUCUGAGGCCCAAUGUGAACUACACGGUGACCGCCCAGAUGCGCAACAGCGUCGGCGUGGGGCCGUCCGCCUCUGUGGAGGUUCUCACUCCCAAAGAGCAGCCAGCGGCAGAGAACGAGCAACUUGUACUGAUUCUGGGCACUCAGCACGGGAUCUUCGAGUUGAAGUCGCUCUUUGCCGACAGCGUCCACUUGUUCCACUCAGAUGAAACUGCUAUCGAAGGGAUCGGAAUUCACAUCGAGAAACAGUUGCUGUUCGUCUCCGAUGUCCGGGGGUCCGUGUGGAGGCUGCCCAUCGAGCAGGAGACGAAGAAUAAGACCGAAAUCCUCUCUCCCGAUCAGCUGGACUUUUUCCCACUGGACAUCUCGGUCGACUGGAUCAACAACCAACUCUACAUUGUGGGGCAGGCCAAGCCCAGAAGCACAUCCAGGAAGUUUUUGAUCAAAAGAUGCAAUCUGGACGGCAGCGGGCAGACGGUGGUGUUUGCGGGCCUUCAAAAACGCCCAGUCAGUUUAGAGGUGGACCCUUGCAACGGCUACUUGUUCUGGAGUGUCCAGGACACGGUCCUGGGCGGCAUCUACCGGCUGGACAUUGCGGACAUCAGCAACGGCGUCAAGCACGAGAUGAAGGAGCGGCGGAUCUUUGCGCGCCCCAACUUGGGAGCCUUUGUGGUCAACUACCUGAACUUCACCUUGUCGGUGGCCGAUCAGAGCCUGAACACCAUGCUGGAGGUGGCGCUGGACGGCAAAGCGGUGUCGAACAUUCGCGCCAAUGUGGCGCAGCCCAUGAUGUCCCAUGUGCUGUCCCUGGGCACGGCCUACCGUUUGUUCUACUGGACGGACGGCACUACCGUCUACAACGAGGAAUACCAUGGUGUGCUGAAGAAGUUCUUCCAGAACAAGAUCUCGCAUCUGGGCAAGACGCAGUACAAGAAGAUCCUCGUCAAUAUGCACAUCAGGCAGCCGCUGCCCCUACCUCUGAAUCCGCCCAUCCAUGUCCAGGCAGUUUUCGGCAGGACUGGCGCCAGAGUCAAGUGGUUGCCGCCCCAUCUCUUCGGCAUCCGAGGCAAGGCCGCGUGGCAAAACUGGUCCUACAAAGUCUUCGUCCAGAACAUGAGGUCGCAGGCCAUCACCAACUACACCACCGAGUACCGUUCGUGCGCCGUGACCAAUCUAACAGCGGACACUCCUUACACUAUCAAGGUGCUGGCGUUUUCCAAGUCGGGGGCGGGGCCACUGUCCACGGAGUUCCAGGGCAGAACUCUGGAGAGUUUUCGCGAUCCGCAGAUUAUCUGGGCGGGCAGCGAAGGCCUGUUCAAGUCGGACAUGACGCUGGACAACGUCGAGACACUGGUGCACAAGGACAGGAUGCGCAACAUUGGCUUCAACGCGGUCACUUGGUACCGUGACCAGAUUUUCCUAGUGACCAAUGGCAGCAACGUGUACUGGUUCAACUUGACGUCGCGCCAGCAGGGCAAACUGGGAGAUGUUGGCUCAGUGGACAGCAUCGCUGUGGACUGGAUUGGGCGCAAGCUCUACUGGUCCAACUUGAAGCAGCAACUGAUCAUCCGCAGCAACCUCCAAGGCGCGCAGCAGGAGCCGCUGCCCAUCCUCACCCUGGCCAAAGAGAUCCGCAUCGAUUCGGUCAAUGGCUAUCUGUAUUGGUCGCGCGAGUACGACGUGGAGUGCGCCCGAUUGAAUGGUGACGACCGCGCCAUUUACGACCAUUUGGAGCCAUUCUCCGGGCGGCAAGUUAUGGGCUUAACAUUGGACUUUGACGGCCAACAAGUCUACUGGAUUGUGCGUGGGUCGGAUGGUUCGCACCUGUUCAGGGCGGCCCUGAUGGGCGAGGGCGGCUUGGACAGUGUGCAAAAGUCGCGAGUGGCCCUGCUGCAGAGCGCCGUGAUGCCCGGCCCACUUUCCUACUUCAGCAGGCGGCUGAUGUGGCUGCAGGACGAACGCAACGCCAUCAUCAGCGACCUGGAGGGCAAGAACAUGGCUACAGUGGGCGGGAAGCUGCUCUCCGGCCUGAAUCUGGUCAGUGUGGUCGAUGCCAGUCUGCAGAAAUGGCCUGAUAAUGUGACUGAGGACGAAGUGAAUGUAGUGCCGGGCGCCGUACGCCCCGACUUGGUGCACACUGUGGGGGGUUCGGAGGCGUUCAACAUCACCUGGGCGCCGGUGGAAAAUGUCAACUAUGGCACUGUUUUUUACGAGGUGCAGCUGGAUGGGCUGCCCGCCAACAACUACACCAUUAUUACCAUUGAGCCGAGCUUCAAAUACUGGCUGGAAAUCGCACCCUUCACUCCCCUGAAUGUGACCAUCAGGGCUUUCACCUACUGGUCGACAUCGCCUCAAGUUCGAGCAGUGAUCUAUUCGCCGCCGUCCACUCCCUCGGUGCCGAUCAAUCUCAGAGGCUUUGUGGAAUACGAGCACAACAGGGCCCUGGAGGACAUCGACUGGUUUUCCAUCGUUUUCCGCUGGGAUCCGCCCCUGUUCCCCAACGGGAUACUGGACGGUUUCAACGUCAGGUAUUGGUACAAAGACAAUGGCAGCGAGGUGGCGCUGGACAUCCGGAAGUCAUCCAAUGAAACCGAGCACAUCCUCGACCGGCUCACAGACAAAAUCAUCUACUACUUCCAGGUGCAAGCCUACACAAGCCAAGGGUCUGGGGCAAUCUCCGAGCCGCUGGCGGUGAAUGCCAGCGUAGAAGCGCCGCUACCCGUUCUGCUAGUGACCGAUCAGGACUCACUGUUCCAAGCCGAUUUGGACGUCAAUCGCACCCGCAUGCGCGUGAGCGGAGUGAGUCGGCCGCUGGCCGCUGCCUAUUCGCUGCGUGAGCGCACCCUCUACUGGCUUAACGAGAUGCGCGAACUGCUCACCCUCCAAUGGGACACCGGCAACAAGUCGAAACUGCUGGAGCUGAAGGAGCAGCCCAAAGGCCUCAGUUUGGAUUGGUUGGGACGCAAUCUCUACCUGGUGGAAGGGACCAACGACACCAUGGGCUCAGUGGUGCAUCGGCUGAGCCUGGAGGAGUUGAAAGUGGAUCGAAUUUAUGUCAGUGCGGCCCAUGUGUGCCAGCUGGAAGUCGCGCCCGCUAUCCAGAAGCUGUUUUGGCUGGAGACUGAGCUGAAUGGCAGGCAGACGGUGAAGAGCAGCGGCCUCUCCGGUGGGGAUGUGAAGGAGCUACUUACCGACUUACCAGAGCUGGAGCCGACGCUGGCCAUUGACCAUGCCGCAACGGGGGAGGUUCUGAUAGUUGUAGCUGCAUCCACGCGAGAGGCUUUGCUGUUUGACAGCGAGGGCACCCCCUUGGGGGCGGUAGGGCUUGAAUAUUUCGACCCCUUGGGCAAGGUGGCAGUGGAUUUGGCGUUUCUUUAUUGGAGGGACCUCAAGGGCCAGUUCUACUCGAUGGCCAGGGACGCAUCCAGCCGCCCCAGGCGCUUGGGAGUUACUGGGAGCGAUCUGUUGGUUUUCGGUCAGCAGAUGCAGCGCUAUCCGCUGAAAGCCUGCCUCAGUCCUGGGCAGGUGAAGAGCGUGCAACCCGCCAUUGAAACCAAGUCCUACGACUUUGUGCGGCUUCAAAUGCCCCAACUGCAGUUCGGAGUGGGAUGUCCUGAAAUUUCGCGGCCCACUGCCGUCUACACAGUGCGCUACUCCAAGGGUUGGGAGGGAAAUGAGGAUGUGCGGUUUAUGAGCACUUUCAACAGCAGCCUGCUAGUGGGGCCCCUCAGGCCGUUCACCCAAUACGCGAUCAGCAUCGCGGUGGCCAAUCACUACACCCGAAGGGAGGAGAUGGUGUUUGGGGAGCCAGUGUUGGUCAGGACUGCGCCCGGAGCGCCUUCGAAGCCCCGAAACAUAUCGGCAAGUGUGCUGCAUCCCACUUUGGCCGAGGUGAGCUGGUCGCCCCCAGCCGAACUGAACGGAGAGUUGAUUCACUACGAGAUUCACUGGUUGACUGAGGGCUCAGUGAGUGGCGUGCGCCAAAAGGGCGAACAACCAGUCAACGAUCUGCGAACAUCAGCCAAUGAGCGCGCCACGUUGACCACGCUAGUCCAAAAGCUGAGCCCCAACGAAACGUACACGGUCUGGAUCCGCGCCUACAGCGAAACAAAUGAAACCUCGUCCGACAGUGAUCGAGUGCAGAUCACCACGUUUCCAGAACCAGCUGUUUUCGACCUGGUCAACCAGACGGCGCACGCCUUGGAUUUGACCUGGGAGAUCACGCCCCACAUCCAGGAGUAUGUGGUGGAGUACGCGCCGAUUACCUCCAGCAAUGUGUGGGCGCAGGCGGCUUUCGGCCACCAUCUGCACGAUCAGGUGCAAAUCGUCGUCCACAACCUGAAGCCGAAGACUCAGUACAAGUUCCGGCUCAGACUGCUCUACGAUCAGUACCCCGAGUGGUACCAGUGGCCUGGGGACUCGCGCUUUACCUUCGAGACGCUCGGGGACAGACCAAGUGCGCCCGGGACGCCAGGCUUGCAGUUCUUCGGCUCGGGCAUCUACAAGGUGGUGUGGGAGGCGCCCCAGGACAACGGCGCCCCCAUCGAGCUGUACUCCUUGGAAAGUUUGGCGCUGCACUGGUAUCGCAACAAGCGCAGCAUGUCCACGCCUCGUAACCGGAGCGCCUGGUUUGCGAACGCUCCCUCAGUGGAGGAGGAGCCAGACGAGGAGGCCCAAUGGGAGGAGGUGUACAAUGGAACAGAUAAUUCCUGGAUAAUCGGCGGCUUGGACAAGCAGUACAAGUACGCCUUUCGCGUGUCCGCCCUGAACUCCUACGGAUGGAGCGAUCCCAGUGCCGAGAGCACGGAGUUUGACGUCGGGGAGGCCGAACGCAUGUCGCAAAAGAACCCGAUGGAUCUGAUCUUUAUUGCCACGUUCCUGCCCAUUUCCGUUUGCAUCCUGAUCGUCAUUUGCUUCGGCUAUGUGGCCUACUCGAGGCGGCGCCGCAAGCAGAAGAAAAUCGAGCACGUGAUUCAGAUCCCCAGAGGGCCGGACGUGGAGUUGGCCACUUUGCGUGAGUUGCCCAGAAGGGGCGUGCACAACACCAACAUUCUGUACGUUUCGUCCACGCCGGAUGGCGACGAUCUGGCCAAGUUGCCGCACAUCCGGCGCGACCGCAUUUCGCUCAACAAGUUCCUGGGCAGCGGAGCGUUCGGCGAAGUGUUCGAGGGCACGGCCAAGAUCGGGGGCGACAGCGCGCUCGAGACCAAAGUGGCGGUGAAGACGCUGAAGAAAGCGGCCUCCGACCAGGAGAAGACGGACUUUCUGCAGGAGGCGCAGCUGAUGAGCCACUUCAAGCACGAUCACAUCCUGGAACUGUUGGGCGUUUGUCUGGACAACGACCCCCAGUUUCUCAUUAUGGAGCUGAUGGAAGGCGGCGAUUUGCUCACGUAUUUGCGCAACUCCAGGGGCCACUUGAACGACACGCCGUCGCUAUCGCUGAUCGAGCUAUUGAAAAUGUGCCUGGACGUGACGAAAGGCUGCAGAUACUUGGAAGAGAUGCACUUUGUGCAUCGGGACCUGGCGUGCAGGAACUGCCUGGUGUCGUCGAUGGCCAGCGAGAAUCGCAUCGUGAAAAUCGGCGACUUCGGACUGGCUCGCGACAUCUACAAGAACGACUACUAUCGGAAGGAGGGCGAAGGCCUGCUUCCGGUACGCUGGAUGGCCCCCGAGUCGCUUCUGGACGGCGUGUUCACCUGCCAGUCGGACGUGUGGGCCUACGGAGUGCUGCUGUGGGAAAUCAUGACGCUGGGGCAGCAGCCCUAUCAGGCGCGCAGCAACUUGGAGGUGCUCCAUUACAUCAGAGGCGGCGGACGACUGGGCAAGCCCAAAGACUGUCCGGAGGAUCUAUACUGGCUGAUGUUGCAGUGCUGGCUGUGGGAGGUGGAGCAACGGCCCACCUUCAAGCGCUGCCUAGAGGUGCUGGAUCAGGUCCAUCGGGACCACUUGAGGCGGCACGUGACUGGCGCCCACUCGCACUACGUGAGCACCGUGAUCGAUCUGUUGGGCGGGAUCUCAAACGCCGCUUAUUUUCUCGACGAAAACAAGAACAGUUCAGGCAUGUCCUGGACGAGUGGCGAGGAAAACUCCAGCAGGGAGCGGGCGCCGUUCCUGCCGCCUGCGAGUGAGGCGCCUGCGGAUAUUCCCAAGUACCUGGAGCUGGUCUACGAACCCGAAGAGGACCAAGCGCUGGAGAACGACGGCUACGAAAUACCCAACAAUUUUAAAAGUGACUUGGCCGCUGUGAGCGGCUCUCCCAUAAGUGAGGAGGAGCAGCCGGAAAGUGCAGCGUUGUAGCGGAAAAUCAAGCUCAGUUCCGGUCUUGUUUGUACAUAGUGGUAGUGAGGUUAGGUCUGGGUAACACUGUGUUGAGUGGCGCUUUUGAGUUGUUGCCGCUCUCUGAGUUAAUGAGUUAUAACUCAUGGCCGGUGGCGGAAUUUUAGCAUCUAACAAAAAACAGCCAUCAACAUAUUGCUUUUGCGCAUACGAUUGCUUGAAACUUGGUCCAAAACGGGAAAAUCCGGAGUUUUGAAGAAACUUCAAAU